CCAAACUCAUAGCUACUGACUGUCUCUUAGAUUUUGGCUUUCAAGCUCUAAUUAGCUAUAUCUAGAGAGAAACAAGGAUGGCUUCCACUUCUGCUGCAUUGGUAAAUGGCUUGGGAUCUGCCUUCUUGACCGGUGGCAAGAAGAGCCAGGCCUUGUUGACCGCCCCCGUUGCCGCCAGGGCCGGCGGUGAUGCGCCUACCAAGAGGUUCAUCGUGGUGGCUGCCGCCCCAAAGAAGUCUUGGAUCCCGGCUGUUAAGGGUGGUGGUAACUUGAUUGACCCUGAGUGGCUGGAUGGCUCGCUCCCGGGCGACUACGGUUUCGACCCGCUAGGCCUAGGAAAGGAUCCAGCGUUCUUGAAAUGGUACAGGGAGGCUGAGCUGAUCCAUGGCCGCUGGGCGAUGGCUGCUGUGGUUGGCAUCUUUGUCGGCCAGGCAUGGAGUGGCAUCCCCUGGUUUGAGGCCGGUGCAGCUCCUGGCGCGGUCGCUCCAUUCUCGUUUGGCACUCUCCUCGGGACUCAGCUCCUGCUCAUGGGGUGGGUGGAGAGCAAGAGAUGGGUGGAUUUCUUCAACCCUGAGUCGCAGUCCGUGGAAUGGGCUACUCCCUGGUCAAGAACUGCCGAGAAUUUUGCGAAUGCAACGGGUGAUCAAGGGUACCCUGGCGGCAAAUUCUUUGAUCCCUUGAGCCUUGCUGGUACACUGAAGGAUGGAGUUUACAUCCCUGACACUGAAAAGCUGGAGAGAUUGAAGGUUGCGGAGAUUAAGCAUGCUAGGAUUGCCAUGUUGGCCAUGCUCAUCUUCUACUUUGAGGCAGGGCAAGGGAAAACACCCCUUGGAGCCCUUGGCUUGUAAACUGUUGUAUAAAGGAAAGUUGGCAAUUUAGAGAGCAAAAUUGGAGAUGGAUUGAUCAUUCAUGCUUUGAGAUUCCCCUCAAGAAAAUCUAUACUUCUGUAGUUUUUGUCCGAUUACAUACAUUAUUGCAUAAU